AGACAGACAGCCACGUGACGAACGCGUCGCGUUGUCUUUGGAACGUUUCGUGCGGUUAAUUACUUAUUACCCAGCUAUCAUGGAUGAAGCUCUGAACCAGAAGCCAAUGAUAACGAACGGGGAAUCCGACUGGUCUAUAGAAAUCUAUGAAGGAAUAUACUUACCCAACAAAGACGCCGGCCUGAAGGAAGACAACAAACAACGAACUGCUCAAGAAGAGUCCGACGCGUGCCACAGGUUGAAUACUGCACGAACGCCACAUCCAUUUUUCCAAUCCUAUCGCACCCAGGCCGUUGGGCUGGUUCAAGGUGAAGCCGGCGUGCCACCCAGCAAAGAAUGUGAUGGGGAUUUCACCCAGUUUGACCAACGUGAUGCUCCCAAAGACACGGUCACGUCGGUGCACCCUGCCGCGGGGUUUUCCAUGGUAGCUACUGAGAGACCAAUAGACCGAAGCCGCCCCGAACCACCACCUCCACGCGCUUUCAAGUUGGCUAAGAAAGUGAACAUCAAUCGUGCCCAUUCGAAAAAGCGUGCGGUUCGGAUUCCCGAGAAGUCCCAUGAGUCUUCUCGGGCAGUCCAUCUUCCGAUCAGGAAGCCCAGCCAAACUUCCAGCGCUGUGGAGCUGGUUCUACCAUUUGCCGCACGAAAGCUGUCCUGUGACAAACCAUCUAACGAUGCGAAGAAUUCUACCACUCCGACAUACAGCUAUCUCGAUUACCGAAAUCCACCUGCCGCGGUCCUCUAUACGCAAUGCGAGGACGAAGCCAACGAUCUCGUACAGUCCCUCGAAAGUCCCUUGGGUUUCGAUAUGGAAUGGCGGGUUAUGUGGCAAGCGGGCGCCGCUGAGCGUAGGACAGCCUUGGUCCAAUUAUGUGACAACCAGACUAUUCUGCUUAUCCAUAUCAGCAAUAUGAAAAGGUUCCCGAGGAAAGUUCUGGAGGUAAUAGAGUGUCCAAACAUCGUGAAGACAGGUGCCAAUAUAAAGAAGGACGGUGAGAAACUCUAUCGCGACUUCGGCAUUCGCGCACGCGGUCUUGUAGAGCUGGGUGCCCUUGCUGCUAAGGCUGAUGAGAAGUUCAAAACUGUGUACAAGCGGGAGGUCGUCAGUCUUGCCAAGAUGGUCUCCGUAUAUCUCGGGAAGACCCUGGUGAAGAAUAGCGUGCGUACUUCGAACUGGGAAGCGAAACUUACCAGCGAAAUGGUAGACUAUGCCGCAAAUGACUGUCACUGUGCUGUCAUGGUCUAUAAUACACUCGUGGAGAAGGCAGCUAAGGAGGGGAAGCGCCUCGACGUUUCGGUGUAUUCAUGCGACAUCGACCCACGCACCGUCAAAUUGGGCGUAGAAUCCCGUGCCACUGCCUGGGAGACAAGUAGCAGCUCCAGCUCGUCUGUUACCGGGCCGCCUUCCUUUCGAGAUUACUGCAUACCUGAACCUGCUAGUCCACAGUUUCUGCGCGCUUACAAGAUGUGGUACGAGCAUAAGAUACCCCUUGAUAAGAUGUGUUUUGAACUAAAGACCGGCGGGCGAACUGAACCCCUGAAAACAAGCACGGUGAUAUCAUAUGUGGUAGGUGCACUGCAGGCAGAUGCGUCCUUAUCGUUUGAUUUGCGAGAGUUGCGCGAAUUGGUGCAGAUGGAGGUCGGCAGCUGGCAGCGGCAUCGUGCGUGGAUCCAUGAAAGAGAGAGGCGGACGUUCGCAACGUCGAAGAUCUAAAUACGUUUUUGUGUACGUUUUCAGCACUGACGGUGUAAUCUACGUAUCAAACGGAAACUACUUCCGUAUCAAUCG